AUAUUUUAAAUUGCUAAAUUGUAUGACAGUAAUCCCUUACAUUUAAUAGAUUCGUAAGACAAAUACAACAGAGUUUCACUCAAAACUAUUUAGUUCAGCGGAAUUAGUAAGCACACUCACUCUUCGUCCCUGCGGCCAGUCUGAUUUUUGAAACAGAAACUACUAUCUGCUUUCUUUGGAAAUCAUUGAUUGAUUUUUGAUACCAUUGUAUUUGAUUUUUCAAAGGAAAACAGGAACAAUGAAGAUGGAUAAAUUGAGCGACUUGAAGCACCUGUUUGUUACUGUAUUUCUAGCAAAUUUUGCGUUGAAUGUGAUUCCUCCUGCCAUAACUGAUAUUACAGUUGGUGCACUCUGCCCUUCUCAAGACGAAUGUUCACUUGCCAUUUAUCUCUCUGGUUUUCAGCAAGCUAUCUUAGGGCUGGGAUCAAUGAUGAUGUUGCCAUUGCUUGGACAUCUAUCUGAUAUAUACGGAAGAAAAGCUUUGCUCACAGUUCCGGUAGCUGCCUCCAUUAUUCCGUCAGUAAUACUGGCAAUCGGCAGAUCAACAAACUAUUUCUAUGCGUAUUACGCCGUAAAGACCUUCACUGGUAUGGUCAGUGACAAUGGAAUUGAGUGCCUCUCCAUUGCUUAUGCGGCAGCUAAUAUAUCAGAAGAAAAACGUGUUUCUGCAAUUGGAUUUGUUGCCGGCAUAGGCUCUGCUGCAUCUCUCUUGGGUACCAUGGCUGCUCGUUUCCUCUCCACUGCACAGAUCUUUCUGGUAGCUGCCAUUUCUUCAAUGAUUGCAACAAUUUACAUGAGAAUAUUUGUGAAGGAGACGACCGGCCGGAGUGACAGUGAAACUCUAAAUCAACCUAUAUUGAUCGAUAAUGUUGCAGAAUGUUCUCAAUCAAAAAGUGUGUCACAGAGCUUUAAGGAAGUGUUACCACUCAAGGAUAUUUUCUGCUUGCUAAGGAGUAGCGUGACGCUCUCGCUAGCAACAGUGGUUGCUUUUUUGAAUGGUCUAGGAGAAGGUGGACAACAAACUCCGUAUUUGUACUUUUUAAAGGCUCGACUUCGGUUCAACAAAGACAACUUUGCUGUUUUAAUGCUUAUUGGCUACACUGGAGCAGCAUUUGGCCAGUUAUUCUUGAUGCCUCGAUUGGCUCCUAUUACAGGAGAGGAGGCAAUUCUCUCCUUAUCCUGCAUCGCUGGAUUUAUAAGUAUGCUAAUUGUUAGCAUUGCAUGGGCAGUCUGGGUUCCUUAUGUUGCUAAUUUGUUGCCUAUCAUUGCCUUCCUUACAAGACCUGCUUUACAAAGCAUUGUUUCAAAACAAGUUGGACCAAAUGAACAGGGAAUUGCUCAAGGGUGCAUUGCAGGCAUAAGCUCAUUUGGCAAUAUUCUUUCUCCAUUAAUAUAUACUCCUCUUACAGAUCUAUUUUUAUCUGAGAAGGCUCCAUUCAAUUAUCCUGGAUUCAACUUGUUCUGUGUCGGCCUUGCUUGGUUGAUAGCUUUAAUCCCUAGUAUGAUGAUACAGUUUGGUCCCAGAAAUUCAGAACUCAAAAUCGGAGACGGUGGCUCUAGCUUGGAUGCCUAAUUUUUGAGGCAAUUCUCUUCUUAUCCUGCAUCAUUGGAUCUAUUCUACUACAGAUGUUAAUUGUUAGCAUUGCAUCGGCAGUAUGGGUAAGUUUAAUCUUUCAAAAUGUUGAACACAUUGUCUGUUUUUUCAUUAGUACUAUACUAAAACGUAAUUGGUAAAAAAAAAUCUCCUACUAGCUGUUUACAUAUGUCCUCUGUAUUUUACCAUAGAUAUGGUGAAAAUGCACAUUGAUUAACUAUAUUUCACAUUGCAGAAAUAGUUUCUCUAGGACGUCUAGUAUGACUCGAGCAUUACUUGUAAACUCAUCAAUAAAUAAUACCCAAAUUCUGUGUCUUCCUUAUGAUUCACAAGCAAUUGCACCACCUUAACAGUGAUUUUCCAUGUAUAUCUUUUGCAUUUGAUAGCUGUAAUCCCUAGUAUGAUGAAACAGUUUGGUCCCAAAAAUUCAACACUCAAAAUCAGAGACGGUGGUUGUACCUCGGAUGACUAAUUUUUGAGGUUCAAAGUUCUUUUUUCUUUCAUUCA